AUGGAGUAUCAGCCUUUCUCUUUUUUGCUGUCAAUGCAAACAUAUUUUGGCCUUCUCUCCUUCAUCACCUUACCCUUCUUUCUAUUCUGUGUCUUACUCUAUCUAAGACAGAAAAUUUGGUGCAGCUGUGACAUUUGCCAUGGCUACCUCUCAUCAACUUGGUCCAAAGAAUUCAACAAUCUCUGUGAUUGGUACACAUAUCUUCUCCAAAAAUCUCCAAGCCAAACAAUUCACAUUCAUGUUCUGAACAACACAAUCACAGCUAAUCCAGAAAAUGUUGAAUAUAUGCUUAAAACUAGAUUCAACAACUACCCGAAAGGAAAAUCUUUCGCCAUGAUCCUUGGCGACCUUUUAGGCAAAGGAAUUUUCAAUGUAGAUGGAGACUUGUGGAUGUUCCAAAGGAAAAUGGCAAGUCUAGAGCUUGCAAACUUCGCUAUCCGAGCAUAUGCAUUCGAGAUCGUCGCUACGGAGAUCAAAUAUCGGCUUCUCCCUCUGUUAUCAUCGUUUUCUAGAAAAGAUGGUAGCAUUUUGGAUUUGCAAGAAGUUUUUAUACGAUUUUCUUUCGAUAAUAUUUGCAAGUUUUCAUUCGGGUUAGACCCUGGUUGUCUUGAAUCAUCAUUACCAAUAUCCCAUUUCGCUGAUGCCUUUGAUCUAGCAUCCAAGCUAUCAGCAGAGAGGGGAAUGGCACCAGUGCCAUUACUCUGGAAGAUCAAGAGGAUUUUCAACAUAGGCAGUGAGAAAAAACUCAAGAAGGCUGUUGAAGUGGUCAAUGGUCUUGCCAUGGAGGUGCUCAUGCAAAAGAGGAAACUUGGCUUUUCUACACAUAAAGAUCUUCUAUCAAGAUUCAUGGCCUGCAUUAAUGAUGACUCUUAUUUAAGAGACAUUGUUAUAAGCUUUAUUUUGGCUGGCCGUGACACCAUGGCCUCUGCAUUGACUACAUUAUUCUGGCUGCUAGCCAAUCACCCCAUAGCCAUCUCAGAAAUUCGAAAAGAGUCAGAUCAAUUCAGGGAGUCGAAUCAAGAAUUCGCGAGCUAUGAUCAGAUAACGAAAAUGCUUUAUCUGCAUGCCACGGUUUAUGAAAGCUUGCGACUGUAUCCUCCUGUACAAUUUGAUUCAAAAUUUGCUUGCAAGGAUGAUAUUUUACCUGAUGGCACUUUUGUUCAAAAGGGGACAAGGGUAACAUACCAUCCUUAUGCAAUGGGGAGGAUGGAAAACGUCUGGGGUUCGGAUUGCAUCAAAUUUAAACCUGAGAGAUGGCUUAAGGACGGUACUUUUUGUCCACAAUGCCCUUUCAAGUACCCAGUUUUCCAAGCCGGGGUAAGGGUUUGUCUAGGAAAAGAAUUAGCGUUAGUGGAGAUGAAAAUGGUGGUCCUGUCUGUGUUACGCCAAUUCGACAUUGAACUUGUGGCACCCAAGGUUGCACCCCAGUUUGAUCCAGGGCUCACUGCUAUGGUAAGAGGAGGGCUUCAAGUUGUGAUUAGGAAGAGAAGGGACAUUGCAGCAGCUUAAUAGUGAGUGGUGUUUUCUGAUGGAUUUUGCAUUUGAGGUUAGCUAGCUAGGAAAUAUGUAGCUCUCAAUGGGGUGCCAAAGGCUUAAGAAAAUAGGGUAAGGAGUCAAAUGAAGAUGUGCUAAAACAGUAAGUCUGUCGGUGCAGUAGAGAGAAGAAAGUGACAAUGCAACUGGUGGAAUUAUAAAUGCUGCAUGUGAUAAAAGCAAAAUAUACUCUUAAUGAAGAAAGAAAAGGGCUGUGGGAGGAAGCUUUGCUCAAUUAACUUUGAACUUGGCAAUGUCUGAGUAAAGGUCAUUCUGGCAUAUAUGUAAUUAAGUGCUGGGGAAAUUUCUCGAGUCUGCUUUGUUUUGAAGAAGAAUGGAGAUCUGAAAUGUCUAAUCUUUAAAGAUUUACUGCUUUGUUUGUUUGUUUGUUUCCUUCCCAACUUUGAUUCUGAGAGUUUGACAGAGAAAUGAAUCACGUGUUUGUAAUUGCAGAAUUGACUUCGGAAAUCUAAG